AAAAUGUCCAUUUUGCUGAGUGAUAGGUGGUAACCCCAAUCGAUGCCUGAAGAAUAAGGGGUAUAACUGUCAUCCGGCCAUUCCCGUGGGCCGGGAGUUACCGGAAACCACAAAGACAUUCAGCUCCAUAUUGGUGCCUGGGUAAACAGGCCCCGAUGUCUUGGCACGGACGCGCGAAAAGAACUCUCCUCCCUCGGUCCCAAUGAUGCUCUCCAAGCUCUCCGCGUCCGCUCCUCCACAACUGUCAACACCCCCACCACACAGAUCCAUCGCAGUUGAUUGAGGGUCUACACCUCAAUUGUUGUUUAUCAUGGAUUUCCUCGCGAAAUAUAUCCCCUGUCCCUCUACACUGGAGCUCAAUGUCGCCCCUGGGUGGCAGACGGUGGCCGCUUGGUUUCUGCUGGCCUCGGGAAGCUUGUAUGUUGCUUCCCGAGCUUUUGUCUUCGUCAGAGUUCUUCUGAGCUUGUUCGUGCUUCCCGGAAAACCGCUCCGUUCCUUUGGCCCCCCCGGUAGCUGGGCGGUGGUGACCGGUGCCUCCGAUGGAUUGGGCAAGGAAUUCGCCCUCCAGCUUGCUCGUGCUGGUUUCAACAUCGUCCUGGUGUCCCGCACCGCCUCGAAGCUGACCGCCCUGGCCGACGAGAUCACCUCGCAAUACUCCUCCGUCCAGACCAAGACCCUGGCCAUGGACUUCGCCCGCAACGAUGAUAGCGACUACGAGAAGCUGAAGGCUCUGGUUGGUGAGCUGGACGUGUCGAUCUUGAUCAACAAUGUCGGCAAGAGCCACAGCAUCCCGACUCCCUUUGCCCUGACUCCGGAAGACGAGCUGGCCGAUAUCGUGACCAUCAACUGCACGGGCACCCUGCGGGCUACCCAGCUGGUCGUUCCCGGUAUGAUGCAGCGGAAGCGCGGGCUGGUCCUCACCAUGGGUUCGUUCGGCGGCCUGCUCCCCACGCCGCUCCUCGCCACCUACUCCGGCAGCAAGGCUUUCCUCCAGCACUGGUCCACCGCUCUCGGCGGGGAGUUGGAGCCUUACGGAAUCACGGUUGAGCUCGUCCAGGCCUACCUCAUCACCUCGGCCAUGUCCAAGAUUCGCCGCUCCAGCGCGACGAUCCCCAACCCCCGGACCUUCGUCAAGUCCGUGCUGUCCAAGAUCGGCCGCAACGGCGGUUCCCCGACGUAUGCAUACAGCUCCUCUCCCUACUGGAGCCAUGGUCUGAUGGCAUGGUUCCUGACUUGCGUGACCGGCACCAUGGGCCGCAUGGUCCUGGGCCAAAACCGCGGCAUGCACGAGUCGAUCCGGAAGCGUGCCUUGCGCAAGGCGGAGCGCGAGAAGGGCAAGAAAAGCACCUAAGAAUAGUACCUACUACCUAGAGCUAGCCGGUGCGCCAGGUCUAGAUGUCAUGAGAGGAGAGUGAAGGCGAAAAGGAUCGACGCGAGCCGCAAACAUUGGCCAUGGAUGGAUCUGGCCUGGACAGGGACUUAUUUGCCCGGUGUAAUAGACCUGUGUUUGGUUUUCGGGCGGCUCAGUUGCAAAAGCAUGGAUCAGAGAUCCGCUAGCUACCGUACCCCGAAACCUCACAGCAGCUGUAAGUGUAAGGGCAUAAACAUGGGGAACAGAGACUCGCCCACUUGGGUCGUCUAGCCGCAGAAGUCCAACAGACAAUGCACUGCAAUACAUGAACACCUCAGUGGGAGAUUAUCAGCAUAGAAUCAAUAAUAUACUAG